AUGGAUUGUCAGGAUUUUAUCCGAUUUAAUCAGCGCUGUGUUUCGGCGGUAUGGAAUGAGGAGAGUUCACAGUGGACUACGGCGUUUCGGGAUGAGAGAUCCGACGAGGAGACUACUCCGUCGUUCGGGGGUCAAGAUAGAUUCAAGGGUCGAGUGUCUCAUACAGCGGUGUGGCCGGAGGAUGUGGAUGUUCGUGGGAAACGGAUUGCUGUGCUUGGGAAUGGGGCGAGUGGGAUUCAAUGUGUGUCUGCUCUUCGAGAUGAAGCUGGGGAGAUUAUCCAUUUCGCGCCACACCCGACGUGGCUUGGGCCUGAGGCUUUUGUCGAGAAUCCUGAAUAUGACGAGCAGGAGAAGCUCAAGUUUUGCAGAAUUCCCCAGGCCUACCAUGACUUCCGAAUGGGUCUAGAAAAGGCAGAGCAGAGGGGGAAGGCGCUGGUUAAGCGGUCACAGGGAGGCUGGGCAGGGUCAGCCCAGACCAGUGGUUUAUAA